AUGGACGCCACCAACGGUAACGGCGGCGCCAGCAAGUACAUCACCCUCGUCUCCAAGGAUGGAUUCGAGUUUGUUGUGCUCCGCGAGGCGACCCUCUGCAGUGACUACAUUAGAGGUAUGCUGCGUAACAACAUGACCGAGGCCAGGACCGGUCGUUGCGAGCUGCAGGACAUCAAUGGCGUUAUCCUUGAAAAGGUCGUUGAGUACUUCCAUUACUGGUACAAAUACCGUGACCGCGAGGACGUUCCUGAUAUGGAGAUCCCCGUCGAGAACUGCCUUGAGCUCGUCGUUGCCGCAGAUUACCUCGGAAUGGACAGUAAGCCACACUGA